CCCACAUUCCAAAGACAUGCGGGUUUGUAGGUUAAUUGGCUUCUGUAAAUUGCCCCUAGAGUGCAGGAUAGAACUAGAGUGCAGGAUAGAACUAGAGUGCAGGAUAGAACUAGCGUACAGGGUGAUUGAUGGUCGACACAGACCCGGUGGACCAAAGGCCCUGUUUCGCGCUGUAAAUCUAACUCUAAACCGAACUAAACUAAAAUAAAUGAAACUACAUUAGGUAGAGCAAAAGGGAGAUAGAGCCUGCAGAAUAUAGUUCUCAGCGUUGUAGUGCAUCAGUUCCAGAGACAAAGUCCAAUGUCCACAAUGGGCUAGAGGUGAAUCAGAAAGUACCCUAGCUUAUGGAAGGACCGUUCGGAAGCCAGAUAACAGAGGGGAAGGAGCUGUUCCUGUGUCUGGUGUUUCAUGUUCGAGCUUCUGUACCUUCUGCCGGACGUGAGAGGGGAGAAGAAGUAAUAGUGGGACAAGCCUUUGAUUUUGUUGACUGCUUUUCCAUGGCAGCAUGAAGUAUAGAUGGAGUCAAUGGUGGGGAGCGUGGUCUAUGUGAUGGACUGGGCUACAUCUACAACUUUCUGCAAUUUCCAGGAGUCAUGGACAGAGCUGUUCCCAAACCAAGCUGUGAUGCAACCCAACCAUGUGCUUUCCUGGUGCAUUUGCUCAAGUUUCGAGUGGGCGGGAGGCGCAGCGGUAGAUUUGAGCCUUACGGCACCAGAGACCCCGGUUCGAUCCUGACACCAGGCAUUGUCCGUACAGAGUUUGUACGUUCUCCCUGUGACCGUGUGGGUUUUCUCAGGGUGCUCCGGUUUCCGCCCUCAUUCCAAAGAUGUACAGUUGGCCACGGGCAGAGUGAAGGGCACCGUCUGAAUGUGUCCCACUUCCAAGUAUAUGUUCGUGACUGCCUGCAACACAUUGACAUGAUGAAGGUUCGUCACCCAGGCCUGAAGAUCUUCCUGUUGGCCCAUUCCAUGGGAGGACUGAUUGCAAUCUACCUCAUGCUCGACAGACCGCAGGAUAUUGCCGGAACGAUUCAUAUUGCGCCGUUGGUGACGUUGAAUCCCGACUCAGCAAAGCCGUGGAAGGUAUUCUGUACCAAAUUAUUGUGUCACCUUGCACCAAACAUGCCGGUGGGCACCAUGGAUCCACAAUGGAUGUCCAGAGAUGAAAAUGUGAUUACGAGCUUUAAAGCAGAUGCUCUCUCCUACCACGGAGCCAUGAAGGUGGGAUUCGCUGCUGUGCUGUUAAAUGCAAUGACGGGCCUGGAGAACCGCCUGCCGACCAUCACCACCCCAAUGCUGAUAAUGCACGGAGAUGCAGACAAACUGUGCAAUGUCAAGGGCUCACAACUCAUGUACGAGCUGGCAGCUAGCACAGACAAGACGCUGAAGAUCUUCGAGGAAUGUUUUCACCAGCUUCAUUUGGAGUUACCAGAAGUUGUAAAGGAAGUGUAUGAAUUAAUUCAAAGCUGGCUGAAUGAGCGGUUGCCUUCCACUAAUGAAACGAGUCAAGAUUGAAAAUGAGAAUAUAUAUGAAGAAAUUAUUUUAAUUUAUAUUAGGGUUCGAUGUUUCUCGAGGGUGGGGGGGG